GACAGAAAGGUCCUUAUCAGCAUGUUGUUUAAAACUGAGGACACUUCAGUUUGAGAACUGGAGACUCGAACACACUCAGUCUCUUCUCCAGGUGAUCUUUCCUGAACAGAGAGAUGAAAUCAGCAGAGAAACUCAUCAUCAUCGUUUGUUUUCUGUUUCAAGGUGUUUUGUGUAGAGAAUUCUCCAUCAGUCUACCAGAGAGUGUAGAAGCUCUGAGAGGACUCUGUGUUCUCAUACCCUGCAGUUUUGAGAUUGAAGAACAAUAUGAUGCAGAUUUCCAGUCAGAUCUUACAGGAAUCUGGUUAAAAGACAGUACUAACCAUAACGAUAAUAAAGUCUUUAACUCUAAAGAAACUACAGAGAACAACAUUAAAGGGGAAAUUAUAGGAGACCUCCACAUGAAGAACUGCACCACCAUCUUCUACAACAUCAGAGAGAGUGACAGUGGAAGAUAUUACUUUAGAUUUGAAACUUCAGAAAAACUGAAAUACACAUAUAAAUCUUCAUCAGUAGAUAUAAGAGUGCGAGACUCUCCAAUCAGCCCCUCAAUAACACUGUAUAAGGAGGAUCAGGGGAAGGUGGAGGACCAAAAUGAGGUGGUGGAGGGAACUUCAGUGAGUCUCAUUUGCUCUGCUCCAGCUCCUCCAUGUCUCUUAAAGCCUCCCACUUUUACAUGGAACUUCCUGCCUGAGGAGAGAAGACAGGAGCAGAACCACAACACCAGCUUCAGUUCCUCUCAGCUGAACUUCAGCGCUACUCACCUGCAUCAUGGAGUCGAUUUCACCUGCACUGCCACCUACCAGCUCCAGAACAAGAACAAAUCAGCACAGAGCUCUUUUACACUACAUGUUCUGUAUGCUCCUAGAAGCACGUCAGUAUCAGCGUCUCCAUCUGCUUCAGUGCUUUUGGGCAGUUCAGUGUCUCUGAGUUGCAGCAGUGAUGCAAACCCAGCAGUGCUGAACUACACCUGGUACAGAGAGAACGGAGAGCAGAUAGGAACCGGAAAACAUCUCACCAUCAACACGACUGAUUCUACACAGAGUGGUUUAUACUAUUGUAGAGCUCAAAACCAGCUCGGAGAUCAGAACUCAUCUGUGUACCUGGAUGUUCAGUAUGCUCCUCGGGUCUCCUCCAGCUGUAACAGCACUCAGGAUUUGAUCGUGUGUUCCUGUGAGGCUCAUGGAAAUCCAUCUCCUAAACUGGAGUGGCGUGUCUCUGGUCAAAAUUCUUCAACCACCAGAGAAGAGUCUGUGAACAACACAACCUCAAGAAGCCUCAUCUCCAUCCAUCAAUCAUUUACGGACAUGCUCACUCUGCAGUGUGUUGCCUCCAAUAACCUGGGCAUUGACACCCAGCUCUUCUACUUUAAGAAAGUAGAUCAUCACUCUGCUAAAGGUUCAGGUGUGGAUAUUUCCUCUGUGCUGAUUGGUGCAGCUGCUGGAGUUUCAGUAUUGGUGAUACUGCGUGGUAUAUUCCUGUGUGUAAGGAGAGUGAGUCCUUCCUGGUCUGGACAAGGAGACACAGCAGGACUCGUUUUAAAUGACAGGGCUGUUCGACAGGAAGAAGACGGAGAGUCUGUGUUUGCGAACAAACAGGUUUCAUCAGAGUCGCUUCAUUACUCCACUGUUGUGGUUCCAAGCAGAGCAGCCAAUGAAAAGCCAGACACAAUUAUAUAAUGUGUUUUGUGCUAUAAUGUGAGUUAUGCAGUUUAUAAAUUCUGUUUUAUCUUAAUUUCUCCACUUACAAAUCUACCUACUUCCUUUUAUUUCAUGAAUUUUUGAUUUUGGUGAAAAUUAUUAUUUUUUUCUUUUUUCCUUUAUUGUGUUUUGGAUCAUUUCAAAUGUUUAUUAAUACUUUGAUCUUAUUGCUUAUUUCUAUUUAAAUCUUAGCUCUGUCUAAAAUUUAGUUUAAGACAAAUAAAAAUGAUGACAGAUGGAAAAUGAUA